CAUUCAGAUAUCUUGGUCUAUACAAAAUCUUAGCGGUAUGUCUCUAUUGUAGGUUUUCUUGUUUCAGAAGUCUGCCAUAUAUAGGUGUAACAUGGUUGGAAAACCUGCCAUAAUUACUCGAGUGGUGGAUAGUAUGACUGCAAAUCUACGGCCGACUCGUGCAGAAGCAACAGAUGUUGCUAAUGCUGUUCUUGAUGGAACCGAUGGUAUAUUACUGGGACCAGAAACACUUCGGGGCCUAUAUCCGAUUGAGGCAAUAAGAACUGUGGGGAGAAUAUGUGCAGAAGCUGAAGGUGUUUAUAAUCUGCCUCUUCAUUUCAAAAGAAUCGUUAAACAUGUUGGAGAGCCAAUGUCUCAUGCAGAAUCUGUUGCAUCAUCAGGAAUAUACAAUCUACGGAUUUUGGGCCUAUCCUAA